GGUAGGGGUAUGCUCUGUUAUGAACUCACGAUGCUAUGAUUAUCUCACUCAGCUAUGAGCUGACCCUCUUUUAUCCUUUUCCUCUGCUUAUGCUAUGUGUAAGCAGAUCAUCAGCAGUAGCAGUAGCAGUAGCAAGUACUUAGGUGUGGGUAGAGCGAGGAGUUGAAGGCAGGAUGAGGUAUUGUCUUCAACUAUUUUGUGCUUGGACUACUACUCGGGAUUUUGGCCAGUGAUCCACAC